GCCUUGUUUGAGACACUCCUACAGCUAAUAGCAAGGCCAACCAUUAUGUGGGCAAUGGUGCUCACAGGUCUUGCCCUCUUACUGCACUGGCUGACCACCCGAAAAUCCUUAUCUCAUGCAGUACCGAAACUGUGGAAGCCCGACGACUUACCAAUCCUCGGCGCCUGGCGCUUUUAUACCCACCGAGAGGAAAUGUACCGCACGGCUCAGAAGUCUACCAAAACUGGCAAUUUCAGCUUCUUUGUCGGGAAGAAGCAUGUGGUGGGUGUCAGUGGGCCUGAGGGCAGGAGGACAUUCUUUGACUCGAAAGAUCUGGAUCUAGGUGACGGUUUUAACGACUUGUUCGCGGGACUACCGGCGCAAUCGGGAGGCGAUGACUUUGACCGAUUCCUCAAAAAGACUCUGGCCACCCUCUUGAAGUCGGAGAAUCUCAACAAAAACAUCGGGAUGCUGGCAACGGAUGCACGACGCACGUGUGAGGCUCUUGCGGCGGCACCGGUCUCAGACUCGCAUCCAGAAUGGAGGGUCAUGAACCCAUUCGACUCUAUGUUCAGGCUCGUCUACCAACUCACGAUAAGAACGAUCGGAGCCCGAGAGAUUGCCGACAACACCGAGCUUUUAAACCAUACACUGAGCAUCUUCGAGCAAUUUGAGAGUCGGACCAGUACCCUCAAGUUGUUCCUGCCCUGGUUACCCACGCCAAACCAUAUCCUUCGAAUGUUCAACGGUGCAAGGCUGUACAAGAUAUUUCUCGACAUUAUAAAGAGCAGAGAGAAGUCCGAGAAGCCAGUUGCUGAUGCCUUGCAGCAAAUCCUGGACAUCGGAGCAAGCGUAUCUGACGUGAUUUCAUUUGAAAUUGGAUCUCUGUUUGCAGGACUUAUAAACACCGGACUUCAUGCCUCCUAUCUUCCAUUACACUGCGCUGAUAACCCGGAAUGGAAGGCCAAAGUACAAGCCGAGGUUGAUAGUGUGGUUGCCAAGUAUAGAUCCACGCCAGAGCAGUCCCCAGCCAUGGUCCUGAGCUCGCUCAGCGUUGAGCAAUGGGAGAGCGAGUUUCCUCUAAUUGACCUGUCCUUGCGGGAGUCGAUUCGGGUUGGAAUGCCAGGUGCUGGGCUCAGAAAGAACAUUGGCCCUCGUGAUAUCCCCAUUGGCAAUACCGGCGAGGUGAUUCCCAAGGGCUCAUAUGCGGUUUACGUGUUCAACGAUGUGCACAAGAAUCCGGACAUUUACACCGACAGUCACAAAUUCGACCCGACUCGAUAUUUCCAUGAUAGAGCUGAAGACAAGAAGAUGAAUCACACCUACUUGGGAUGGGGUAGCGGUCGUCAUCCAUGUCUGGGCAUGAGGUUUGCCAAGCUAGAGAUGGUGUUAUGCAACGCUUACUUUUUCGCCAUGUUUGACUUUGAGCCUUCGGAGAAGGAUGGCAGCCUGAGGACCGAGCCAGUUCCACCAGUCGAUGUGAAGCUUCUCCAGAUCCGAAAACCUGAUGAACCUGCAUUCAUCCGGUAUAAGCCUAGGGCGUACUAA